UGGUCUAAGUUGCGUGUCCUCGGCUAUGGCGCUUGCGAGCGGAGGAAUGGCGGCUUUUCAAGCACUUGGGCACGAACGAUUCGUCAAGCCAAUGCGACUCAAGCGAGGAAGAAGAGUGUGGACGAAUGCUUCCAAGCUUGACACUUUGCAGCCGGGCUGGGAAGAAGAUAAGUUCUCCAAGUACUCGGGCUAUAUUUCUGAUGUGUCCAACGACGAGACCGAGUUUAAAGAGUAUGAUCCAGUUCAAAUCUCGAGAGCUUUCAAGAAUCGCCCUCUUCUUUUGAUGCGUCGAUUGCUGCAAAUCUCUUUCAAAGUUGGAGGCUGGCUUGGAAUUCGGUACUUUGAUUCGUUACUUGGCCGGUCUGAUGCUCUCUUCAAGAAACGCGCUGCUGAGUUUCGGGAGGCACUAGUAGAGCUUGGGCCGGCUUUUGUAAAGAUCGCACAAGCAGUGUCUUCACGUCCAGAUUUAAUUCCACCAGCGUACAUCGCCGAGCUUUCUCUCCUUCAAGACCAGAUCGCACCAUUCUCGACCAAAGCCGCUUUGAGCAUCAUCGAGUCGGAGCUCGGUGUUCCAGUUGAUGUCUUGUUCUCGGAAAUCACUCCCGCGCCUGUUGCAGCAGCAUCCCUUGGCCAGGUUUAUCAAGCUCGACUUCGACCAAGUGGUGACACUGUUGCUGUCAAGGUGCAAAGGCCAGGGGUGAAAGCAACCAUAUCUUUGGACAUUUAUAUACUUAGAAUUUUGGCUGGCUAUGCUAGAAUUGUUGGAAGAUUUAACACAGAUUUGCAGGCUGUUGUAGACGAAUGGGCCAGUAGUCUCUUUAGAGUGAGUUCAUUGCAUUGUUUCACGCUUUACUUGCUUUCUUUCUUGUGUUUUUUUUCGAAGGAAAUGGACUAUGAAGCUGAAGCACGAAAUGGAGAGAGAUUCAGGCGUUUGUUUGGAGAUAUCCCCGAUCUUACAAUCCCGAAGAUGUACAAGGAACUCUCCAGCCAGCGAGUGUUGAUCAUGGAAUGGGUUGAGGGACAGAAGUUAUCAGAAGCCAAAGAUCUUCGACUCGUAGAGAUUGGAACGUAUUGUUCAUUGUCACAAAUUUUAGAAACAGGUUUUUACCACGCUGAUCCUCAUCCGGGCAACCUUUUGUGUACGACUGAUGGUAAACUAGCUUAUAUUGACUUUGGGAUGAUGGGUGAAAUCAAGCAAAAUUUUAGAGAUGCUAUAGUUGAGGCCUCUUUGCACCUUGUAAAUCGGGAGUUUGAUGCACUGGCAGGAGAUAUCGUUAAUCUCGGAUUUCUUCCUCCCACAGCUCCAUCAGCGGAAGUGAGCCGUGCACUUACAGGAAUUUUUGAAAAUGCGGUUAGUAGGGGUGUUACCAAUCUCAGCUUUGGAGAUCUUUCAGGAAAGCUUGGACAAACUAUGUUCAAGUUUAAAUUCAGGAUACCAUCAUACUUUUCUCUCGUGAUUCGAAGUUUAACGGUGUUGGAAGGAAUAGCCAUUACCAUCGAUCCAAACUACAAGGUUUUGGGACGCUCUUACCCUUGGAUAGCUAGGAAAGUUUUGACUGAUGAUUCGCCAACGCUUAGAUCAACUCUUUACAAUCUGUUAUACAAGGAUGGUACAUUUCAAAUCGAUCGUCUAGAAUCUCUAAUACUUGAGUCUUCAAAAGCCACUGCAAACUGGUCACUAGAUCAAGCUACUACCGAGGCACUCCAGAAUCGAUUGUAUACUUUUAUACUUAGCGACCAGGGUGAAUACGUGAAAGGUGUCCUUCUCGACGAAGUUGUCAAGGGAAUAGAUGCUCUAAAUCGUUCCACAAUUGAGAGAUUGAUCUCAAGCUUGGGGUUAUCAAUCCAGGGACUAGUCGACGCCCAAGACGAGGAAAAUCUCAUCAACCUUGUUCGCAUAUUGGCCUUGAUAACUUCAACUUCUGAUAGCUCCUCCAAGCUUCUGAAGUAUGAUCGCACGAGCACAAGCCUCGUCACGAGAACUCCGGAGUUUCUUUCACUGUUGGGCGACUCGAGCGAGUUUCUAAAAUGGUUCUCGGUCCUUGUGAAGCUCCCACUUCCCUUGCAACAAAAGCUAUUGUUGGUGCCUUUAGAAGUUACAAACAAGCUUGUUUCUCGCGCAAUUGCCAGAGUUUUGAGGAGCUCGCUUUAAAUGGGAUGCCUCUACUGCUGAGCUCGUUGUUUAUUGAUUUUCCGCGCUGACAAACGAGUACUAUCGGCGCACUGAUGUCUUUGUGCACAGUCACUAAGUGAGGAGCUAGAAACUUUCACAAGCAAGCUUUCCGUGCUUGGCUGGUAUGCUCGAGAAUUCCAAGCUUGUGGAGCACUAUGCAGGGACGCAUUCUUUCUCGUUGGCCUUGCUCAACAAAAGCUGUAUGAAUGGCAGAGGGCGGAGGUAUGCUUUACUGGAGUGGCAAACAGCUGUUGAAACUUCUAGACUCGGCUCCGCUAGCAAACUUGAGCGUGCUUAUUACACGGAUUAUGGACGUGGGCUUGCUGGAUAGGCGCUUGAUCACAGAGUUACCCAAAUAUUGCUUCUUAAGAGGAGAUGCAUGGCAUGAUUGCUAUGAUGCAUGAGCGUGUUGGUAGUACUCUAAACAAGAUUAAUUUGGUGGAUUGACUUAAGUUUUCAAUUUUUCAGUGAUGGCAACAUUACCAAAGGAACUUUAAAUGCAAAAGCUUUAAUGGUUAA